UUUAAGAUCAUUGUAAAGGAACGGUGGGAAAAUAAAAACAUGGAAGCACCCUUCGAUCACCGGAAGAAGCAAACAGCAAAAGUGUAAGCAAAGGGGAACCGAAUGUCUAAAACGAUGUCGUUUUAGGAGGGAUUUCAAAUCUCCGUUUCAAAAGAACGCGUUUUGGUGGCCGUUGGACAGGGCGCCGGAAUGGACCCCUCUGAUUGUUGUUAAUCACAAAAUGACCCCUACCGGACAUGAAAACAAACCACAAAAGGAUGAUCUCCUCAGUCAGUUUCAAAAUUAUUCCGUUUCUUGUUUCUCCGUUUCUCACACUUCUCACUCCAUGCUCCUCUCCCUCGAAACCCUAAAUCGAGCUCUAGGGUUUUCAGAACAUGCAGAGCUUGUUCUAGUUCUACCGACAAACAUCAUGACGCUCUCAUGGGACGAAGAGCCAAUUACGCCGGAGUUGGAUUGGAGGAGACCGUCGUCGGUCUCGAUUCCUAAUCAGGAAAGCAUUCGGUGGGGUCUUCUAAUCGGUAACGGCCGGAUUACUGACAAGAUCGGCUUCAGGGAUGUUGUUGGAAGUGCAAAUCAUGUGGCUCCAGAGGUGUUGCGGCGGAACAAUGGAAAAGAGAUGGGAUGUCUGGAGUGCUGGAGUCAUUUUAUAUGUUCUUCUAAGUGGGACACCUCCAUUUUGGGGUGUUUGCACAACUGCCAGCCAGUUGAUCACAGCAUGGGACAUCAUUUUGUGGGUGUUGUUUCUUCCAUUUCACUAAGAAGCUGAAGUUCUUUGAAAAAAGUAAUCAUGCACAUGAGUUUUGACCUGAAGAUCAGCAAAUCUCAAUGCAGAGAUGAAAAAAGUAUAUUUGAUGCAAUAUUGCAAGGCUACAUUGACUUUGAAAGUGCACCAUGGCCUUCUACAUCUGCUUCUGCAAAGGAUCUAAUCAAAAGAAUGUUAAUGAAGGACCCCAAAAAACGGAUCACUGCUUCUGCAAAGAAUGUUAAUCUAAUCAGAAGUUCGAUCAUCUAUUGCAUCCCAACCAUCGUCUGCAAAUUCUUUGUUUUCUUUCACUAGUCCUCAAAACUCAAAUCGUAAUGGGGUUUGUUGUAUAGGAUGGAAGAAUUAGUUAUGAAGAGUUCGUGGCUAUGAUGAAAAAGGGUACUUAAGAUACCUAGUGGCUGCUAUGAAGAGUUCAAUUGCUUAGUAUAUCUUCCUAAUGUUAAGUGAACUGCUUCAUUGCAGUUGUUAUAUGAUUGCAAUAAUCAGAAUGUAGGUUUUGUGUGGCUUUCCAUCUUUCUUUCUUUUUUUCUUGUGUAAAAGUACGCUUCAGAUCCUACGACCGCCUUCGGAAACGAAUGGCGAAUAGUUGUGGUGCCGCCACACGGAAUCAAAACACCCGCAAAGAAUCAAAACCGGGGUUUUGUACUUUGUUCGAUAGAAGAAA